UCAGCAGUAUCUAGCUCAGCAGUCUCAAGCUCAGCACUAUCUAGCUCAGCAGUAUCUAGCUCAGCAGUAUCUAGCUCCAUUUAUUAUGGCAAUUCAAGCGUUGUUACAUCAAGCAGGCAAUCAAGUACUCAAAUCUUGUCAGCUACCUUGUCCACAAGUACUUCAUCUGAAAAAGUUUUAGCACUGUUUUCUACCUCUUCCUCUUCUUCAGGAAGAGAGAGUACAGUAAGCAAAACCAAAACUGAUAUAUCGACUGCCGUGAUCACUAUCACUUCUUGUGAAGACAGUAAGUGUACUACCACUCCAGUUACUACAGGAAUCACUGUUGUCACUUUUACUACCGAUGAUGAAGUCACGGAGUAUACUACGUAUUGUCCCUUGUCAUAUGAGACUACCCUAAGUGAAUCAGAAGAAACUACCUACAUCAGUAUAGAAAUCCUCAUCACAUCUGCUCCUCCACGUUCAGAUUCUGAAGCAGUUACUUUAACUACUACAACUAGGGCAAGUACCACACACAUUGAAGGACCUCUGAUCAGUCCUACUUCGUCCAGUUCCACUUCAUUGCCAAUGAUAGCUGCUGUCUCUGAAGGUAAAGCAAAUACAGCUUUUAACAUUCCAUUGAGCGUUAUUUUUAUGGCUCACAUUGUUCAAAUGAUAGCAUUUUGA